CACAUUAUUGGAUUAAGAGUAGAAAGUGUAUUUUUUAUGUUCAAAUUAAUUAAAUUAUAAUAGUUAACAAUUGGUAAAACGACCAAAUGCGGCAGUUUUUGAGCCCAAAGUGCGCCGGUCAUAGUUAUUGAAAUAUCUUGAACAAUUUCUAAACAAUCUCGCGUACAAAGCGAAGAAAAGCAGAAGUGCAACAACAGCACACAAAGAGAUAGCGACAACUACAAAAACAACUAUACAUCACCGCAACCAAUACAAAAACUCGUUUCUUGUGUGUGUGUGCGUGUUUUCCUAUAUUUGCAUUGCAGCCAAAGCGGACGCUGCGGCAUUUCGUGGCAGAGGGCGAUUACAAAAGGGGCGUGUCACCAUCAAACAACGGACUGUAAGCAGUUUGCAGCAUUAUGAUGGUUGAGUCCGACGGAACCGCCGACGCCACCCGCCGUCUCAACGUGAAGAAACAAACGCUCGAUGAUGCGUACGCAGUUCCCGCAAACUUCCUUGAAAUCGACGUGGUCAAUCCGCUGACCACCAUGGCGGCGGGCAAGAAGCGUUACACGGACUACGAAGUUCGCAUGAGGACAAACUUGCCGGUGUUCAAGGUGAAGGAGUCGAGUGUGCGACGUCGCUACAGCGACUUUGAAUGGCUGAGAAAUGAGCUGGAACGGGACAGUAAGAUUGUGGUGCCGCCGCUGCCGGGAAAAGCCUGGAAACGACAAAUGCCAUUCCGCGGCGACGAGGGAUUAUUUGACGAGAACUUCAUCGAGGAGCGGAGGAAGGGAUUGGAGGCGUUUAUCAACAAGAUAGCCGGACAUCCGCUGGCGCAGAACGAGCGCUGUCUGCACAUGUUUCUGCAGGAAAGCGUUAUUGACAAGAAUUAUGUGCCCGGCAAAAUUCGCAACACAUAAGACGCUGAAUCUAAAUCUGAAUCCGCAUCCGCAACUGCAAUAAAGCAACAACUCGAACGAACAAAAUGCAAACUUAAAAUGAAAGAAGAUAAAAA